GGGCCUGUGGACGCUAUGGAUCCCCCUGGGCACGGGGAACCAGAAACCAAUGGGGCAGCGGGGACCUGGGCCGCGGCGCUGGGGAUCCCUAUGAGAUCUCUAGCGCUCAGGGCCCGAGCGCGGCAGCUCGCUGGGAAGCAGGCCUCGGGGAGGGGGCGGGGCGCGGGGCGCAGAGCAGCGAACAGCCGGGGGCUCAUGCUGCGCAUGGAGAGCCGAGGGGAGGGACCCGGCCCGGCUGGCGAGUCCAGCGACAUGGCAGCGGCGCUGCGAGCCGCCAAACAAGCGCUGCGCGCGGAGCUGAAGCGGCGGCUGAGGGCGCUGAGCGAGGCGGAGAAGCAGCGCCAGUCCCGCCUGCUGAGCCGCAAGGUGAUUGGGCAUUCCAAGUACCAAGAGUCCCAAAGAAUUGCAAUCUUUCUGAGUAUGCAAGACGAAAUUGAGACAGAAGAAAUCAUUAAAGACAUAUUUCAGAGAGGGAAGGAGUGUUUCAUUCCACAGUACAAGCCCCGGAGCAGUCACAUGGAUAUGGUCAAGUUAACUUCCGCUGAAGAAAUUUCUUCACUUCCUUUGACAUCUUGGAACAUUCAUCAGCCUUGUGAUAAUGAUGUAAGGGAAGAAGCUUUGUCUGGGGGAGGCCUUGACCUCAUCCUCAUGCCGGGCCUUGGGUUUGAUAAAAGCGGCAACAGAUUGGGAAGAGGGAAAGGAUACUAUGAUACCUACCUUGAACGAUGCAUGCAUCAUCCCAAAGGAAAACCUUACACCAUUGCCUUGGCUUACAAGGAACAGAUCUGUGACUCAGUGCCAGUGGCAGAAAAUGAUAUCCAAAUAGAUGAAAUCCUUUAUGAAGAUAGCUAAAAUCAUCUGGAUACCGCUGACUACAAACUGACCAACCAAAGACUUCAUAUCAAGGCACAAACUUGUAAUAGUCAUACAUUAUUUGUGUAGCAAUAAAAUACACUAUUUUUAACAACAACAACAAAAAAGCUCUACAUUCAUGUUAAUAAGGACUGCAUUGAUCUCAUUCCAAUUAGCAAAUAUCUAUUGUGAAUCUUAUUCUAAAAUCAAUAGAAACAAGAAUGGGUGACUAUUUUAUUAAAAUAAAGAUAAUUUAAUCUAA